AUGUCAGAUUUGAUAGACAAGUCGGAGAUCCCAACAGGUAGAGAUACUAUCUAUCUAUCUAUCUAUCUAUCUAUCUCCGUCCUUUCAUAUAUAUCUGUCUGUCUGUCUAUCUAUCUAUCUGCCUAUCUAUCUCAGUCUGUUCAUAUCUAUAUCAUCUCCUCAUAUCUAUCUAUCUAUCUAUCUAUCUAUCUAUCUAUCUAUCUAUCUAUCUAUCUAUCUAUCUCCGUCCUUUCAUAUCUAUUUAUCUAUCUAGCUAGCUAUCUCCGUACUUUCAUAUCUAUCUAUCUAUCUAUCUAUCUAUCUAUCUAUCUAUCUAUCUAUCUAUCUAUGUCCUUUCUAUCUAUCUCCAUUUUUCAUCUAUCUAUCUAUCUAUCUAUCUAUCUAUCUAUCUAUCUAUCUAUCUCCGUUUGUUGUCAUCUCUCUCUCUCUCUUCCACGCCUCAUCUGUGAAGACAGCAAUAUCAACAAGAAGGGUGCUUUCCUUUUAUUUGACUGUAGUACAUUUACCCUUGCCGCUGCUGUCUGGAGUGGUCUAUUCCGAUCGUGCGUUUGA